AUGCUGUCUGGUAACAAGGACGAAGCGUCACAGAAAGCCAAUCCUAAGUCUGUUUGCUUUGAGCUACUCCUUGAUGAGCGAUCAAAGACGCGGGCUCGGAUACCCUUGCGGGUACUGGUGAACACCCAUGACACGGCCGAGUCUAUCAUCACGACUGUCAAGAGCUUCUAUGGCAUUUACGAUGGCAAUGGAGUUAGCUUCGAAGACUCUGCCGGAAACACCUUGAUUGCCUCUUACGACAACUUCAACCAUGGUAGUGUUGUCUAUGUCCGGAGUGUCGCAGGCCAGGUGCCGCCAACGGCCAUGACUGCGCAUGCUUCCGCCGGUAACACAAUUAAGCCAGAAUCACCUCACCGGCCUUCUUUGGCAGAACCUUUCCAGAUGCUGCCUCCUCACAUGCGGGAGCUCUCUAUGUCUCCCAGUCGUCGGUCCUCUUCGCGCAACCUUGCGAAACGUAGUGUGUCUCCUUCACGAGACCGUGGGAGGAGAAGCAACUCUCAACAGCAACGAGGUUCGCACGCAGAUAGUAGAUGCUCGAGUGCUCAUGGAAGUCAUCGCGAUAAUGACUUCAGUGAUAGUGACGCUGGACACAGCUCCAUAUCUGGUUCCAAAAAGGCAAGAAGUGAGCAAUUUGCUAGCUCGGAAAUCAGCACAGCAAACGUACUGCCAGAUGGUCGCCGUGGUCAACCCAUCUUUGACAGCUCGAACUUGCCGCUUUUUGCUCCUCCUCAGGUACCUGUUACUGCGUCGCAGUCCUCGAUCUCACCCCAGAGAAAAUCAGGCCCACACGAAGGGCCAUCUCCGUUCCAGCUGCCUCAAAGCAAGCUCUACGAUAUAAAUGUGCCACCUAUGCUUUCACCACAAAGUUAUGGCGCACCGAAUGGGCAAAAUGGUUACUCAAUUCACAACAACACAAUCACACCAGCGUCGCAUCGGUUAAGAGAAAGAAAUUCGAGCACGUCAUUGGGGCGUGUGGGAUCUGGGAUAUUACCUACACCUGACCCUACUGUCGCUAGCUGUAUCUCUGACGAGGAUGUUGCUCGUACGCUCAUAGCACUGGGCGAUGCUUCGAACUUCUCCUACGGCCGGACAUCCACUUCCACCAUGGACGACACGUUUAGUGGUGCUGCAGAUGCAGCUUCCUCGACAGGCGCUACGAGCGAUAGUGAGGAGUUCAGUGGAAACGAAGGCAUGUCCAAGCAUCGGAAAUAUCUGGAAGAGGCCGAUGAUGACUAUGAUGCCCUUGUUAAGAGUGAAGGCUUUGAUGAGCAAGACGGUCCACCAAAGAUCAAGAAGAUAAAAACAAAGACACAUGAUGGUCCUAGCGGCAGCUGGAAGACUCCUGGCCUGGCAGCAAAGGUUUCCAAAUCUGGGAAGAAGUCGACUAACAACACAAAAUCGACAAAGCUGACGAACGUGUUGGGACAGAUGAAGGUACCUGGACCUCCAGGGAAGCCACGUCAGGCUUCGACCUCGUCCUCGCUCAACUUCCAGCUGCAACCUGAUGAGGAAGACCUUUCCACCAAGCCUCGCUGCCAGCGUUGUCGCAAAAGCAAGAAAGGCUGCGAUAGGCAAAGACCUUGUGGACGAUGCAAAGACGCCGGCAUCGGCAUUGAAGGUUGUGUCAGUGAAGACGAGGGCAAUGGUCGAAAAGGUCGCUAUGGCCGCCACAUGGGUGUGGCUGUCAAGAAAAAUUCUUUCGACGAGGCAGUUUUUAUCGAGUCGUCGAACGCAUCUCCCGACACUACUAUGAUGUCUAUUGAAGCAGUCGCCACUGGUAGCCCCAGCAAAAAGCGAAAGAGGUGA